UUCAACCGUUGUUUGUGUUAUCUAUCAUGUUUUUAUCAAAAAAGCGAUGUUUGUGAAGUAUUUUAGAGUUCAAUCAACAUAAAUUUAGUGAAUGGUGCACCUGAAUGUCCACAAGAGAAAAAUGUCCCGCCAUGAGAAAGCGAAAAGUGGCUUUCUGGACACAUGGUUCGGGCGGCCGAAGAAGGCGGGCGCGGGGCUGGAGCGCGGUUACGACACUGUGCCGCGCGCGGAGCCCCGCGCCGACGACGACGAGCCCGCGCACGAAUACACCAGCAAGAUCGACGCGCUGGACGACGCUCAGCUCGAGCGACGCUUCGAGGAGAUGCUGACUGAUAUGAACAUCGGUGAAAAGAAGAAGGAGCCGCUUCGGAAAUACUCAAGAGAUCAGAAGAAGAAGAUGCUAGUCGCCUAUAAAUUUGUAAAUGCUCAGGAAGGUCGCUCAAAAUUUGAAAAGCCGUCCGAUUACGUAUCCUACCUCAACCAGCCUGAGCUUUCUGUGGGCAAACUGCACAGCUGUCUCGAGAACCUGAGGAUAGCGUUAACGAACAACCCCCUGUCGUGGAUCGAGGACUUCGGCGCGAAAGGGAUCGAGAGCUUGCUGACUACCCUCAAUGUUUGUUAUAUCAAUGACUCCCGCUACGACCGUGUGCAAUAUGAGUGUAUUAGAUGUUUGUCCGCAAUACUCAACAACACAGUCGGCAUCCGAGCGGUGUUCGAAUGCAGGGAGGCUUUGCCAGUCCUCGCUAGAAGUCUCGACGCUAGGAAACCCCAUUGCGCGUUGGAGGCAGCCAAGGUCCUUGCAGCAAUAUGUCUCAUACCAAAUGGCCACGAGAAAGUGCUAGAAGCUAUAACAAUGGCGGGUGAAUCGAGUCGGAAGGCGCGAUUGGUUCCCAUUAUCGAGGGUUUAGAAGCUAAGGCACCGGAAAGUUUGAAGAACGGAUGUAUGCAACUGAUGAACGCGAUCAUCACGGAACCGGAGGAAUUGGAGUUCCGCAUGCACUUGCGGAGCGAGUUCAUGAGAACGGGACUCUGUGAUUUAAUAGAUGAACUGCGAGCGGGCGCGGAAAAUGGCGAUCGUAAAAUACAAAUGAACGUAUUCGAUACCCACGCGGCGGCUGAUCAAGAUGAGUACUUGGCAAAGUUCGAUGAUGUCAGAGUCGAUUUCAACGAUGUCAAUGAGUGCUUCGAGCUUGUUAAGAACCUUGUAGUAGACUCGCCAGCAGAGCCGUAUCUACUGUCGAUAUUGCAACACUUGUUGUUUAUAAGAGACGACGAGGAGAUAAGGCCAGCGUACUACAAAUUAGUAGAAGAAUGUAUAACCCAAAUUGUUUUACACAAAAACGGCUACGACCCGGACUUUAGACUUACGCAGCGCUUUAACAUUGACGUGCAGCCGCUAAUAGACGGGUUAAUAGAGAAAUCACGGGCCGAAGAAGAACGCAAAGUGGAUGAGCUGAAGUCCAAGUUGGAAGCUGCUAUUUCGGCGAGACAGGAAGCGGAAGCGAGGGCCGCCCACCUCGAGGACAGGUUGAAGCAAGCCAGUACCCCUACUGGCCCGGGUGGGGUCACACAAGGGAAUAUAGCUGCGAUUGCUAAGUCGAUAGGUAGCCCUGGCGGACCACCCCCACCACCGCCCCCACCAAUGCCUGGAGGAGGAGGGGGACCUCCCCCACCGCCCCCGCCGCCAAUGAUGCCAGGUGGGGGUUUACCAGUGCCGCCUCCGCCGCCAAUGCCGGGCGGCCCAAGAGCUCCGCCACCACCCCCUAUGCCGGGCAUGGGCCCCCCGCCUCCUCCGCCCAUGAUGGGCAUGGGCCCUCGGCCGCCCCCUCCACCGGGCAUGAUGGGUCCCAUGGCGCCUAGGAUGCCCCAACCAGACAUCCUGCCGUACGGUCUCAAACCGAAAAAGAAGUGGGAAGUGGAAGGUCCACUCAAACGUGCCAAUUGGAAGAAUAUUGUGCCACAGAAGAUGUCAGAAAAAGCUUUCUGGGUUACGGUACAAGAAGACAAGCUCGCGUCUCCGGAUAUACUCACUGGCUUAGCGGCGAAGUUCUCAAGUAAACCGGUCGCUAAGAGGAACGAGGACUCAGUCGAUAGAGUUCACACAUUAAAAAAAGUGAAAGACCUCAAGGUCCUAGACAGCAAAGCUGCGCAGAACCUAUCAAUCCUUCUGGGUGGGUCCCUCAAACAUAUGUCUUACGAACAUAUACGAUCAUGUGUACUGCGCUGCGACACUACUGUACUUACUGCCAAUGUACUGGAUUUAUUGAUACAGUACCUUCCACCGGCGGAUCAACUGAAAAAGCUUGCUGAUCUGAAAUGCAAGAGCGAGGAGUUGACCGAAGCGGAGCAAUUCGCAGCGACUGUCGCCGACAUAAAACGCUUAGUGCCUAGAUUAAGGAGUUUAGCCUUCCGGGAGCACUAUAGCGAGAUCAUUUCAGAACUUAAACCGGACAUAGUUUCCGGCACGGCUGCGUGUGAAGAAGUGAUAUCAAGUCGAAAGUUCGCCAAGAUUCUUGAACUCUUACUACUGCUUGGAAAUUAUAUGAACACUGGGUCGAACAACGCAGGGGCAUACGGUUUCGAAAUCAGUUUUCUCACUAAGUUAACGGCAACAAAAGAUCUGGAAAACAAACAAACACUGUUACAUUAUUUAGUAGAUACGAUAGAGGGCAAAUUCCCAGAUGUGCUUGCGUUCGCCGAGGAGAUGCCACAUAUAGACAGAGCAGCACGCGUUUCCAUGGAGAAUCUCCAGAAAGCUCUAAAGAAGAUGGACAACGAUAUAAAGGCUUUAGAGACUGACCUCAACAAUUCGCGAGUGCCCCAGAGCCCUGAAGAUCUGUUCCAUGAGACUAUGAGUAAUUUCGCCAAAGAGGCCCGCGAGCAGUGCGACCUCCUACACUCAAUGUUCAGGAAAAUGGAGGCCCUGUACUCCGAGCUUGCCGAGUACUACGUGUUCGACCCACACAAGUAUACCCUGGAGGAGUUCUUCUCAGACAUUAAAACCUUCAAAGACGCAUUUGCGACCGCUCACCAAGAGAACGUCGUGGCCCGAGAGACUGAGGAGCGAGCGAGGAGAGCGCGCGAGGCACGGGCCACGGCUGAGCGUGAAAGGCGGGACAGGCAACAUCGGUACAAGCAGUUUGUUGACAUGGAACAAGCGCAGGAUGGUGUAAUGGACAGUUUGAUGGAAGCCCUACAAAGCGGUUCGGCUUUCAGUCGAGAACGACCACGGAAAAAGGCGAAUCCCAGAGUAGCGGGAGCUGAACGAAGAGCACAGCUGAACAGGUCAAGGUCGCGGUCGGGGCUGACCGGACUACUUACGACUCGGGAACUGACCAAUGAGUUGCUGAGUAACGCGUGAUGGCUUUAACAGUGAUAUUAGUGCGAUAUACUUUAGUUUAUAAGUUAUUUUAUUAUACACGGCGACAUUUUUUUUUACUUAGUAUGGCAACCCGGCUUACUGCUUUAGUCUAAUACCAAGUUAAAUAAAUUAGUUUUUAAUAACACAUAUCAUAGGAAUGUUUAUUCGGUGCAUUAAGAAACACCCUGUUGGGAAUUGCGACUGCAAUGGACAGUAGCUAUCACUGUUCUCAUAUUUAAUGUAGCGAUAAAGUAUAUACACGAUACGUUCUUUAUUCGACGAUUAGCUGCUUUGCUUAUAAAUUCCAACCUGCAAUGUAUUUAAGACAUAUGUUUUUAAAAUAUUUAAAAAAUAGUAAAAACAAACAAUCCUAAAGAAAAUAUUUUUU